GAUAGACUGGUCAAUAUUCACAAGUCGGAAAAAAAAAAAAAAAAAAAGUUAAAAAAAUUGAAUAAAUGCAGAGGAGUACUUGACUAGCCUGCAUUGCUCAUCCUGGACGGAAGAUGGGAGAGUUGAGGGAUGAUAAAGAACAGAGAAAGAGGAAAAUAGCGCCGGUGCCCUACAAUGAUUCAUCUAAACAGUAUGCUUUUCGAAAUGAUUUUGCUACCUAUGCUGCAUCUGCCACUGAUUCGGCACCGGUUUAUAGUUCUGGACUGCCCAAGGAUGCAUAUUCUCCGGACGAGGGUGAUGGUCAUGACCCCAAGAAAUUUAAAAGCGUGGACGGUUCCUACCGUGCCCACCUCUCUGCAUCUGCCACUUUAAAGACGGAUUCAUUCUCUUCACUCUCCGCUCCAUCCAGCCCAAAAAAAGGAGCACAAGGCAUUUCAGGCCCUCCCGGAUUCUCAACACCUCCCGCCAACUCCGGCAAGUUUUACCAAUCUUGCCCUUCAUCGACUUCAUCUAUCUCGCCGUCAUCUGUUCUUUCCUCUCAGGAUUCUAUGAAUUCAACUGCCUUCGGGCCAUCAGCGUCGGUGCCCUCUUCAGCUAAUCGGGAGAAUUCCAGGAAUCCAAGGGAAGAUGUUAGUCAUGGGGAUCAGCUGGACUUAGUCAUGGCUCAGAGAUUGUUUGAGCGCAGUACGACAAAGGGCAUUUUCAAUAAUCUCAAGACCAAUCUACAACCCAUUCUUGUCAAACGCUUAACAGAACUGUCACAAUUAAAACCAACAAUUGAUGUUGGCCUUGAAAUGGCUGAUUCAGCAUAUUUACUGAAGCUCCUCAAUUCUUCAAAUCCCAAGUUCGAAACUGUUGGCAAGAAAGCUGGGAAGGGAGCAAUGUUGUUGCAGGAAGGGAUGAGGUUAAUCGAACAAGGUCAAGAAGCAUUGCGAUCUGCUAUACUUGAGUUGUCAACUCCUGUGGACUGAUUUCAACUCACCUAAAGUCUUACAUGCUAAUACUUUUCGCAGCUUGCAGCAAGUACUUCAACUAGUGUAAUGUUCCUCUCUUGCUUCCUAAUGUAAAGCAAAGGAGUGGCCUAUUGUCUGUUUAAUCAAUAUUUGUAUUUGUAUAACUUAUGCUACUUAUACUCCAAAUAAACUCCUGGGUUUGAUUCUGCAGGGAUUGCAUCUGGUUUGUGGAAGCUAAUUUCUUAGGAGUUAUUUGGAUAUUAAAAAUAAAAAAGAGCUUAGUAUAGAA